AUGAAUCAAGUGAUUUCAUGGUUAAUCUAUCUUGUUUCUCCAAGGAAAAGAUUACCUACCACUGAUUACAUAUCUAGAAACACAAAUCUACUUCGAAAGGCAACACUUGACGCAUUGUAUCAAGUAUUCAAGACAACUGUGACAUUAUCGAUUUGGAAGGACACUAUAUCAGACCAAGUCAAACAAAAAAUCAAGGAAGAGUUACUCGCAGAUCUAAACAGGGACAACAAGAAUGAUCAAACAUUUUUGAAUGUUAGAAUUGCUUCUAGUGUUGCAAAGUUAAUCAAAGAAAAUGGUGGAGAAUGGAAUGAAUUGGAUACAUUUAAAAACGACUCGUCACUAGAGAAUGAUGCUGCCUAUUUGUUGUCAGAGAUAUCAAAGUUUGGUGAUCGUCGUGAUGUUGAUGAAAUAUCAAAGGUAAAUGCCACAAGAAAGAAGCAGAGAAAGCCAGUUCGAUCAUGUGAUGCAGUACUGGAAUCUAUGAAAAUGGAAUAUAACCUUGGAUCGGCCGAUAUGCAAGCAACAACAACAUCAUCAUCGACAACGACAAUACAAGGAAAGAAAAAAGAUGAAACCAUGCUUGUUAAUCUAUUGAAACUGGAUGAUUACUCUAGAAAUCAAAUUCCAAGUCAUGAUAUCAUACAUUUGGUAUUGUCUCUACUAGACUCCAAACCAAUUCAAGAUUUAAGUGAUACCAUUUUAGUGAAUAUACAAUCUUUAAUUACCCAAUAUAAUAAUUUGGAUUGCACUAAAUUGGUCACUCCUUUGGUUCAAUUAUUUAAACCUCCUCAUUUUGAGACAAGUGGAAAAUUAUCACAAGGAUAUCAAACAGCUCUCAAUAUAAUCAGACUCGCUUGCUCAAAGAUUGAUGAAAAGAAUAUUGUUUCAGAUGCCAUUUGUCAAUUGUUUGAAUUCACAAUAUUAGAAAACCAAAGUCACUUUAGUGUUAUCGACAUGAAAGAUCUUGUCCAAUAUGCAGCUGGAGAUUCAUUAUCAAUCUACCUACCACAUUUUACAAAGUAUAUUUACUCCAUUUUGGAUGAUCCAAAUAGACGUCUCAACGAAAAAGAUCAAGAUGACAAGGACAAAGAAUAUGACGGUUCUGAAGAGGAAGAUGAAGAAGAAGAUGAAGACGAGGAAAUAGACGAAGACGAAGAAUAUGACGGUUCUGAAGAGGAAGAAGAAGAUCAAGUUGAAAGAAUAGACCCAAAAAAUCAAAACUGCUUCUCGUUGUUGGAUGCGAUUAUCAAAGUAGUGCCACCAAAGGCUAUUUGUCCAUACGCCAAAACUCUAGCCACCUCUAUUUCCAAACAUGAAAAUAUCUCAUCGCUCUCUAUUAUUCCACAACUAUUAUCUGUGUUGUGUAACAAGGAAAGUGGGGAGGAUGGAACAUCAGUAGCAUUGGAAAUAUUUGAAAUGUUUGAACUUCAAAUCUUUAAAAAGAUUGAACAAAUUCAAAACAAUGGUGACGAUGGUGUUGGUAAUAGACAAGUUUCCCUCUUUAUCAAUUUAUCAACGUCGCUUUGUAAACUCAUCCGAUCAAUGGGUGCCAACAAGAUGAAUGACAGUCUAAUUAUGCGUAGUUAUAGUGAUGCAUUUUAUACUUUUGGUCAUUUACAAUUACUUCUCCACAACUAUACCUAUGGUGAAGUUGAUGAUGAUGAUAAUGGUCAAAAUGAAAUCAAAAGAAUUCAAUUACUUGGUGUAUCAAGUGGAAUGGUCUGCACAUUGAUUGGAAUAUUGGAGGAAAAUGAAAACCUGACUAAACUAUCAAAGAGUAUUGGAGAGUCACUAUUCUCGGACAUCCAAGAUUGGGAAACCGAACAAGACGAGGGAUACGAGACAAAACUAUUAUUUUAUGCACCGUUACUUGUAGCAUUAAAGAAAUACACUAAAGGCAUAGUCGUUGAAGAAUUGGAUGAUAGUUGGAUUGAUAUUAAAUUCCUUGGUUUCAUGUUGGGAGAUGUCAUCGAGAUGUUUGAACAAUUUGACCAGAAACUUUAUUCAAAGUUGCACUCUUUCACUAAAAUGAUCAUUCAAUUCUGCCACAAAUACAUUUCAUUUAUUCCUUUGACCAAUCGAAAACAAAAACAUAUCAACCAAGUAAACCAACAAAUUGAAACCAUCAAAACAUUUAUUAAAUAA